UAAAUAGCGGUGACCAACUCCAAAAAUCAAAUAAGGGGGGAAACCCAAACACCAAACACACACAAAGCUCAGAACUAAAAAUGGAAAGCACUCCGCCUCCCACCGAGCCCAGGAAGCGCGGCAGGCCGAAGGGAUCCACCAAGGCCAAGGCCGAGAAGGACAAAGACACCGCCUCCGCCGGCACUACUCCCUCUCGAAUGAGAGGCUCUGCCGGUGACAAGAGGAACACCGCCGUUGACGAGGGUUACGCCCACUGGAAGCAGCUCGUCCCCGUGCUUUAUGACUGGCUCGCCUCUCACAAUCUUGUCUGGCCCUCUCUCUCCUGCCGCUGGGGUCCUGUUCUUGAGCGAGGAACUUACAAGACCAAACAACGCCUUUACCUGUCUGAACAGACCGACCAUACACAGCCGAACACCUUGAUCAUAGCAAAUUGUGAGGUUGUCAGGCCACGUGUUGCUGCAGAAAGUCAUAUAGCCAAUUUCAAUGAAGAUGCACGCUCGCCAUAUGUAAAGAAGUACAAAACUAUAUUACAUCCAGGAGAGGUGAACAGAAUCAGGGAGCUGCCCCAGAACAAAAAUAUAAUAGCUACACACACUGAUUGUCCUGAAGUUCUCAUUUGGGAUGUUGAGGCGCAACCUAAUCGGCAUGCUGUUCUUGGGGCUGCAGAUUCUCGUCCAGAUCUGGUCUUAUCUGGACACCAAGACAAUGCAGAAUUUGCUCUUGCAAUGUGCCCAGCCGAACCCUUUGUGCUCUCUGGAGGGAAGGAUAAAUCUGUUGUGCUGUGGAGUAUCCAGGAUCAUGUUUCGACACUUGCCAGCGAUGGAACUCAGUCUGCUGAAUCUGCUAGUUCAAUUGUAAAGGCUGCUGAUAAUUCUACAGUUGGCCCACGUGGAAUCUUCCAAGGACACACUGAUACAGUUGAGGAUGUCCAGUUUUGUCCAUCAAGCUCUCAGCAAUUUUGUAGUGUUGGAGAUGAUUCUUGUUUGAUACUUUGGGACGCAAGGAUUGGAAGCGAUCCGGUCGUUAAGGUCGAGAAGGCACACAAUGCUGAUCUUCAUUGCGUAGAUUGGAACUCUCACGAUGAGAAUUAUAUUCUAACUGGGUCUGCUGAUAAUACAGUUUGCAUGUUUGACCGCCGUAAUAUAACAGCCAAUGGAAUAGGAUCUCCUGUUCAUAAAUUUGCAGGUCACAAAGCAGCUGUUCUUUGUGUCCAGUGGUCACCUGACAAAUGCUCUGUAUUUGGGAGCUCGGCAGAAGAUGGCUUGCUAAAUAUCUGGGACUAUGAGAAGGUUGGUCAGAAGAAGGACACAGGGUCGAAAACCCCUGGUACUCCAGCAGGGUUGUUUUUCCAACAUGCUGGGCACAGGGAUAAGGUUGUUGACUUCCACUGGAAUGCUCAUGAUCCAUGGACGAUUGUUAGCGUAUCUGAUGAUGGGGAAUUCUCCGGUGGGGGUGGUACUCUGCAGAUGUGGCGUAUGACUGAUCUUCUGUACCGUCCCAAAGAUGAAGUUCUGACCGAGCUUCAGAAAUUCAAAGACCAUGUGAUAGAGUGCUCCAAGACUUCUUGAUGUAGUCGUGGUUCAGGUUAUGAUGAUGUAGUUUUUUUCAUGAAUGUUGUGUUGUAUUUUGCAGAACUUGAUUGGAUGGGCGUAGGAACAAAUCUCACCCUAAAUGUUGGUUGGUUUAGGUGCUACUGUGGAUGUUAAGUAGGGUUUAAUUGAAUUAAUCUACUUUUGAGACAUCAUUCUGUUGAAUAUUUAUAAGUGAAGUGGAUUAGUGGAUUUGUGUUAUUA